GUAGUGUAAAACUAGCAAUUUAUAUCACAACUCCCAAAGAUGGGUUCUAAGAACUGGAGACUUGUGCAACAAUGACUGGUUCAAAUCCCGAAGCAAACUCCUGACCAGCAACCUGCAAAAAAGGGACCCACCCUGGAGGUUUGGGUGGUAUUUCCCCCUCCGAUGCUUAAGUCAGAUAUCAGGGAUGUAAAGGAACUUUUAGAGAGAGAAAGUAGAGAGAGAGAGAGAAGAAUUUAUGACAGAGUAACAGUACUAUGCCCUGAAAAACGUACCUUUCACCCUGAAAUCAAGGACUAUUUAUACUGUUUGAAAUGACUGCUGUGCCUUGAUGUCACCCUAAUUUGGGAGCAUCUGAUUGGCUAAUCAAAGUUUUGGGACACGUGGCAGCUGUUAACUGGUCAGUACACCUCACUUUCAUAUAAAGGUGUAAAUCAGACUUACUGGGCCUAAGUACAGUUUUUGGGGCCAGAAGAAGGUCUUUUUAGUACGUUUUCAGAGAAACGUACUUUUAGGCCUGUCACCUUCAGGCCCUUUUGUACUUUUAUUCCCCUGCAUGUAUGCCACAUGUUAGGCUCAGAUGAAGCCACGUGUCAGUACCAGAGCCGUUUAUUUUUUAGGCUACAACAUUUGCCCCUUAAAAGAGGAAGUUAUUAUCUUUUGAGCGCCAAGACGGUUAAUCUUCCUCUUUGAACCGACCUGGAACUGCUCUUCUCUUUUUCAAAAAAGGGGCGCCAUUUUGCCGGUCUCCACAGGUCAACUUCCUAUGAACAACGGUUACUUUUACCGGAUGAGAGGGUCAUUUUCACCCCUCUAUAAAUAUGUGCCUUAGUCGCUCCUGGAAUCAUUUUAACUUUGCUGAGAAAUUUUCUAGAGAGAGAGACUCUGCAAAUUUUUACUGAGCUUUUUAGAGAGAAGAACAACUUCCGUCCAAGCUCUUGCAAUUGUUUGUCUUGCUCGUCCGAGGUUUCAAGUCAUCUUCGACAUUCGUCCGAAUUUUCUUCUACAGGUAUAUUCUCAACUCUUUUCUUGAUUGCACACAUAUUUUAAGAAAAUGGAUUCGUCCUCUUCCUCGAACAAUUCCGGCCGCUCAAGGGUUGGUGCUAACCCUAGAACAGAGGGCCUAACUUCCUCGGCAUCUUCUAGAGUUGGUCCUAUCUUGGCCGGGCAUGCAUUCUUUAUCUUUAGCCAUGGACGGCAAAGUCAGACGACCCAGUCUUUACCUGUGCAGGGUAAUCUGGCGCGCGUCAAGCAAACGGCUCGCAUCAGAAGAGGGGUAACCAUGCCGGCCUCUAGCUCUGAAAGGGAGGAAUCCACUGGGCGAAUUCCGGCCGAAGGAGAACGAGAGAUCAAAGCGCUCGUCCUGCCUACCACACUCCUUCUCCUGAACAUGCCGAGGAGGAACCAGAAGUCAGGGGCUCCCCAGAAGCCAGCCCGUCCAUACAUAGGACGAUCUCAGAUGAGCCGAGGACGGCUAGCUCUUCUGACCCUGCUAGUGGCUCAGAGGAGCCAUCAACCACCUCGUCUGAAAUAAGACGGCGGCUAGGUCCCCUUUCUGACCCUAGGUUCAUCUUGGCCGAUAACUCAUGGUUAGGACGAUUAGGCUCAGACCUUAGACCUUUUUCGGUGGCAAUGCCCAUGCCCGGCUACCACUUUGUCCUUCCCGGCCGAGAGGACACUAUUUUCAGUGCUCCUCCAGGCCAUUUUGCAGUUUAUCGGCUGGCUUAGAUGCCGGCCUGCGCUUUCCCCUUCACCCUUCAUCAGCCAACUUCUUCAGUAUUACGGCAUAGGACAUAACCAGCUUGCCCCUAACUCUUGGCAAAAUAUCCUCACCUUUCUGGCCGUCUGCAACUUAAAGGGAAAGGACCCUUCUCUGGCCGCUUUCACUCAUAUUCACUAUGUUGCCAAGGUCCCUAGGACCAUUGAAGGAAGUUGGCUGAGCGUGUGCAAUCGUCAAGGAUUCUUGACGUCUUGGGAUAAGACUUCCAAGAUGCACUCAUGGAAGGGCGAGUUCCUCUUCGUCCAGGCCCUAAUAAAGCGGUGGCAAACCGUCUUCGGUAUUUUAGUCGGACAACCACAAACACUGGACGGAUGGCCUCAUACCUGGAACUGGAGAGUAACUCUGCCGAAGAGAUGGUGGAGUACUUCCGGAUUUCGGAGUAUACUAUGGAAGAUGUUUCUUUCAAAGGUCCGUCCAAUUGGAUUCCUUUUAAGGAAAUGUUUUACCAUGACAACUUCCUGGUCGCUGCCGGCUUAAGGCAGGACGAGGACAGAGAUUCAGCCAGGAGCAAGCUCAGGAAGUCUUGGAUAGGAGAUAUGAGCUCAUCCAGAUUUGCGGAUACUCUAUGGAAGGAGUACAGCAAGUCAGGUGCCGAAAAGAGGGCCGACACCUUGAAAAAUGCCCCAACUUCAAAAGCUCUGGCCGAGAAAGCCGCUGCAAAGAAACGGCCAGCAGGCACCAGUGAAGCCCCUCCCUCGAAAAAGGCAAAGGGCUUUACUGCUAAAAGGAAGAAGACCACUCGGCCGGUUCCCAAGGUCGUGAUCGACCUUCCGGCCAAGGAGGAGGCCAAGGAGGAGCCAGCUGAAGUUGACUCUCGAGCCCUGGUGGCCUAUACUGGUCCGGCUGAGCAACCCGAUCCUUCGCAACCUGACGAGGUUGUCAUUCUGGACGACGCUGAACAAUCUUCUAAGCCGGACGCGGCUGUGGAUGGAUCCGCCUUUUCUGGGCCAGUGGCCCAACUGGUAGGCCAGAUGCCGGCCGCUUAUAGGACGGCUUCCCGUUCUUCUGGUGAGUCCUACUAUUCCAACGUAGUUAGAACACUACGGGUUGGCGGGCGUCCGAUGAGUCCGUCCAACAAACAGACCGUGGUUAUUCCCAUCAGGUGUACUGACGAGUCUAACCUUUCAGAUAAAGGGAAGGGUCCUGCUGUUGUCGGCUCCCCUAGCCUCUCUGACGAUGAAUCUUCUCCAGCCUUUGGAAAGAUGUCGUCGUCUGAUCGUGAGAAGCUCAAGACGGAGCUGUUCAAGUGCUUUCCCGAAACUUAUAUCAAGGGGUUAAGGGGAGCAUCGUCUGGGCAUGUAGGUUACAUGUCUCAGCUUGCUGCCGAGCUUUUUGCUCGCAGCAUGAUAACAGAAGACUGGGCGAAGGAGCUCAGAAAAGAGAAUAAAAAGCUCGUCCAUGACGUAACUGCGGCCGCCGACCAUGCUCAGUUCGUCAUUUCCGAGCAAGAGGUGUUGCACCAGCAAACCAAAGUUGCUUUGGAAAAAAGGUCGGCUGAGCUGGAGUCUCAGAUCAAGGUCUAUCUUCUUCGGUUGACGGAGAUGAUAGACGAACGGGCUUCGCUGGAGCGGGUUCUGACGGACGAGAGGAAUUCAGUCAUGACUAUGGCUGCCGAUUUUUUCAAGGAAAACCUCGUCCUGAAGGUCAAAAACCAAGCCCUUCGAACUGAGGUUGCAGAGACAAUUGCCGGCGCCAAAGAGGCUAUGAACACCAUCAUAGAUACCUCAAAAGAAUGGGCGGUGAAGGCUUUUGAGAUGAUGGCCGAGGAGGAGGAUAUCCCCAGAUAUGCUCGUCGGCUGGAAUUCCAAGAAGCCUUGCACAAGGCCACCAUAACUAAAACAGAACCUCCCGUCUUUGAAGAAUCCUCUGAGGAUGAAGAGGGAGAGGACAAUGCAGAGGCCCAGGACGAAGAGGACAACGAUCCUCCUGCCGCCUAGUUCUUUUGUUGUAUCUUGGCUGUGAGCCACUUGUAACUUUUUCUCCUUUUGUACUUAGAUGAAUUUUAGGUUGUAAUCAUCUUUUUAUAUUUAUGGGAAGCUAACUUUUUCAAUCUCUGUUGUUCUAUGCUUUACUGUUUUGGACGCAUUGUCUUACAAUUCCAUGAUUAUACCAAGUACAAAAGUAGUUCGUCAUAACAUUUUGGCCGAUUAUACUUACAACAUUCGUCAAUGUUCAAGUAUAAAAGUAAUUCGUCUUAAUAUUUGGCUGGUCUAAUCAACUCUUUUGGCCGAUUUCAUCUAGUACUAUCAUUAAAGCCAAGUAUAAAAGUAUCUCAUCAAUCAUUCUGAUCUGACUCAGUAGCUCUUUUCUGGACGUUC